AUGGCGACGCAAGCACCUGCUGACUUGUCUGUCUGGGCUCGUGGGCUCGAAGUAUUACUGCUCACAAUGAACCAGGUGCCGCUCGAGCUGCAGGAGAGGCUGCUCGACAGCAGUGCUGCACGCAGGGCGGUACUCGACGCUGCCUUUGGCUUCCCACCUCUCUUCAGCAACGAAGAGGCCUCCACCUUCCUUGCCGCUUGGAUCAACCAGAACGCAUCUCGUCUCCUCCAGCCUGACACGACUAGCUUUCAGCCUUCCACGUCCGCAUCCAAACACCAGCAGACGACCUUUGGACGCAGCCGGCGACUAACCGAGGAGGCUACGCAUCUGUGCAUACCCGCUGCAGCCGCCAAUGAGGAGAGCGCGGCCACCACGGACACUUGCACUCUAGACGUCGACACUUCUGCUUCCUCGGCAACGCAUGCUGCCCGUCCUCCGAGCAAGAAGAAGCGUCGCGUAGGCCAGUCAGCCGCUGCUGGCGAUGCAUCUUACGCGGCCUCCCCCCGCACCCGCACCCGCACCCGUUAUGGCGAUGGCCGUGAGCCCAUCAUCCUUCGUGGGCCCGAGCUUUCCAGCAACGACUUCACCUGCCCGAGUGUCCUGCGCAGCACGAUUGGCACACUGAAGGAGCCGAUUCCGUUGAAUCUUGUGGUGAAAAUUCGCAGGAACAACGGCACGCACUCGCGCAAGACGGCAUUCCGCAAGAUGAUUGUGGACGUCGGCGAUGGCGAGAACAUGGUCCUGAGGGUUGACAAAGGUACCAACCUCUACGGAUGGUAUGGCGAAGAAUCCGAGCUUACAGACGGUACGGUGGUGGUUCUGUGGAACUUGGAGACCAAGAAGGCAGCAGGAUCGAGCCAACUCGUUUUUUUUAGCGCAUCGUCAGUCGCAAAGGUGGUCUCUGCCACAUGGAUGGACGUCCUCGAGUGGCAUCAAGCAAUGCAGAAAAGGCUGCCACAAGCAGAGACCAAAGUGUUCGACGACAUCCCGGAAGACUAG